UCUUGGUUACAAACACAAACAAGCGGCGAGAGGAGGAAGGAGCGAGAGACGCGGAGCCGUAGACGCCGUUGCGGCCUCCUCCUCUUCCCCUCUCCCGUCCCCCCUCUCCUCCUCCUCCCCGCGCGCGGAGCAGCCGAAAGUUUCUCCAAUGUGAGUUGAGCCACUGGGCUCUGUCGUAGGGGCCGAGACCAAGCAGCCUUCUGGGAAAUCGCCGGCGGCCUCAAACCGAAGUGGGAGCUCCACGGGUGGCACCGGAGGAGGCGGCGGCGGCGGCUGACUCUUCCUCCCCUUCCUUCCUUCCUUCGGCGGUUCUCUUUGCCAGCCUGGCCACUCACCCCCUCCUUGGCCACUCACAAGGGAGUGGUGCAUUGUGGGGGCUGCCGUUGAGGGUUUCUAGCUGUUGAAUUUGGCCUCCCAGCUGGAAGGAGCGAUCCAGGGCGAGUUCUUGAAGAUAUAACAUAGGUCAGUUGAGAGGAGAAGGAAGAAGGUCGCCAAGACCCAGCCAGAGAGCAGCCAAGGCGCGGGUGGUAGGAUGGCCGCGGAGACGCUGAACUUUGGACCAGAGUGGCUUCGUGCGCUCUCCAGUGGCGGGAGUGUCGCUUCCCCCCCACCCUCCCCUGCCAUGCCAAAGUACAAGCUAGCAGAAUACCGAUACGGGCGGGAAGAGAUGUUAGCACUUUACGUCAAAGACAACAAGGUCCCGGAGGAAAUCCAAGAUAAAGAAUUCUCUGCCAUUCUUCAGGAUGACCCUCUGCAACCCCUGGCGUUGGCACCGUUGACGGAAGAAGAACAGAGGAACUUCUCCAUGUCUGUGAACAGUGUUGCAGUGCUGAGGCUGAUGGGGAAGGGGAGCGGGGCUGCCCCAGCGGGCGUCUCCCGAGGGAGAGGCGCCACGCGAAGCCGAGGCCGUGGCCGUGGCGAGAGCGGCUUUUACCAAAGAAGCAUUGAGGAGGCGGAAGGCGCGUUUGGCCGUGGUGGGGUCCGUGAGAUCCACCGUAGCCAGAGUUGGGACGACCGAGGAGAACGGCGGUUUGAGAAGCCCAUCCGACGGGAAGGAGCCCGAGCCCCAUUUGAGGAGGGGGCUCUCCCUGGCCGCAAAGACUUUGCCCGCUCGGACAGUGACAACUGGCGCACGCUCCGGGAGGAGCACGAGGAGGAGGAAGAGAGCAGCGGGGCUGCGGCUGGGCCGGGGGGCAGUUGGCGGCAGAGCGGGGGGCCCAGGCGCGAGAGCGAGCGCUGGCGGUCCGCCAGCCCAGAUGGAGGGCCUCGAUCCGCGGGGUGGCGAGAGCACGGCGGGGACGGGCGCCGACGGAAGUUCGACUUCGACUUCCGGGAGCGCGAGGAUGAGCCGCGGAGUGGGAGCGGGCGCCGACACCGGCACAACAGCGACAGCUUUGAGGAGGAUAAAGACGGCCUGCCGGAGUGGUGCCUGGAAGACGAGGAAGAGGAGAUGGGGACCUUCGACUCCUCCGGGGCCUUCAUGUCCCUCAAGAAGAGCCCCAAAGAGCCAAUCCCCGAAGAGCAGGAGCUGAGCUUCCAGCCCCUGCAAGAGGAGGAGGAAGAGGAGGAGGAGGAGGCGGCCGCAGAGGCGGAGGAGGACCAGGAGCCACCAGAGGCCAAGGAGGGUCAUCGGAGGGAGAGCGCAGAGGUUCCUGUCAGCCCCACAGCCAAGGAGGGGGCAGAGAGAGAACGGAAAGAACCCCGGCAAGUGCCAGAUGAGAAGCUGCCUGCUCCCCCUGGGGCCCCCUGGCGUUCGGGGCCCGCUUUCUCCGCGGCCGUUGCCGCUGCUGCUGCUGCCGCCGCCACCGCUGCUGCCAGUGUUGGCGGAUGUGAGAGUGUCGUCCUGGGGAGUUCCUCCUCCUCCUCUUCCUCCUCCUCCUCCAAAGCGGAGGUGUCGGUGCUGGCGGCCGGUGGCAACCCGGAUGUAGAAGCUGUGGAUGGGGAGCCAGGCCUCCUCAGCCGCCCGACGCAGCUCAGCCCCGCUGCCGCCUCCGCCCUGUCUGUGCCGCCCACGUCCUCCUCGUCCACAACUGCUGCUGCUGCUACUGAAUUCACAGUUGGAGACAACGAGGAUGAAGACGGGAUGAAGCACCUGCAGCAGGAAGCAGAGAAGAUGGUGGCUUCCUUGCAAGACAGCUCCCUGGAGGAGGAGCGCUUCACCCAGACCAUCGUGGACCACCGCAACACUGCCGCCGCCUUGCCGCUCUCCCACGAAGCCGCCAUGAAGUGGUUCUACAAGGAUCCCCAAGGGGAGAUCCAAGGCCCCUUCACGACCCAGGAGAUGGCAGAGUGGUUCCAGGCGGGCUACUUCACCAUGUCGCUGCUGGUGAAGCGGGGCUGCGACGAGGGUUUCCAGCCGCUGGGAGAAGUCAUCAAGAUGUGGGGGAGAGUGCCUUUCGCGCCGGGUCCGUCCCCACCGCCAUUACUGGUCUACUCUGAAAUAAGUCCGAUUGAGUUAAAUGGGGCUUACUCCCAGGGAAACAUGGACCAAGAGCGCCUGAAGAAGCAGCAGGAACUGGCAGCCGCCGCCCUCUAUCAGCAGCUCCAGCACCAACAGCUGCUUCAGCUCGUCAACAGCAGGCAGCAGUACGCCCAAUGUGCCCUCCAGCAGAAGGUGGCCACGGGGGACCUGACGCAACAGCAGCUCUCCACCUUCCUGCAGCAGCUGCAGGCUCUCAAACCGAGAGCCGGGGAGCAGGGAAUGAUUCCUUGCAUGAACCGAUCGUUAUCUGUGCCAGACACCGGGUCCCUGUGGGACGCACAUACCUCAGCCUCGCCGCAAGCAGGUGGUGAAGCCAGCUUAUGGGAUAUUCCAAUUAAUUCUUCAACUCAGGGUCCAAACUUAGAACAACUUCAACUGCAACACAAACUACAAGAGCGGAGAGGCGCUGAACUCAGGGCGAAGCGGGAGGAGGACGAGCGGAAGCGGCGGCGCGAGGAGGAGCAGAAGCGCCGCGAGGAGGAGGAGCAGCUGUUCCGGCGCAAGCAGCUGCCCUCCUCGUCCUCCUCCUGGGGCCAGCAGUCCGGGAACAGCUCCUCCAGCCAGAACAGCUUCAGCAUCGCUGACAUCCAGAAGCUGGGAGACGCCCGGGCGUGCCGGGAGCUACGGGAAGAGUGUCGACAGCAGGAGCUGCUGCUGAAGCUUCUGCAGCAGCCGCAGAACUCCAACGCCCUGUGGGGCGGCCUGGGGAAGUCGAACGUCUCCAUGAAGGCCCUGCUGGAGCUGCAGCAGGAGAGCGACAGCAGGCACAUGCAGAAGCAGCAGCAGCGGGCGCAGCAGAGAGCGCACGGUGGCCACAGCCUGACCAGCCUCCCCUCCCAGUGGGGGGUGGACUCCCCCUCGCUCUGGGGCAGCCACGACAAGAACAGUUCCAUCAGCCUCUGGGAAGAGAGCCUCAAGAACGCCGGGCCCCUGGCUCGGAGCCUGGGCUUAAAGAACAGCCGGAGCAGCCCUUCGCUGGGGGACACGUACGGGGCCUCCUGUCGCCAAAGCCGGAAGAAGACGGACGAGGAGGAGAAGCUGCUGAAGCUGCUGCAGGGAAUCCACAAGCCCCCGCAGGACGGCUUCACCCAGUGGUGCGAGCAGAUGCUCCACGCCCUCAACACCUCCAGCAACCUCGAUGUGCCCACGGUGGUGGCGUUCCUGAAGGAGGUGGAAUCCCCGUACGACGUCCACGACUGCAUCCGCUCCUACCUGGGAGACACUCUGGAAGCCAAAGAGUUCGCAAAGCAGUUCCUGGAGCGCCGGGCCAAGCAGAGAGCCAAUCAGCAGCGCCAGCAGCAGCAGGAAGCCGCCUGGCUGAGCUCCAACAGCCUCUUUCAGUCCAACCACAACCCCAAGCCGACGUCCUUUGAGAACAGCCAAGCCGUGAGGAUCAAGCGGCGCCCCAUGAUGCUGCACGCUGACCCCAGCAUCCUGGGCUACGCCCUUCACGGCUCCUCAAGCGAGCUGGAAACGGUGGAGGACUACUGACGGAACCCCUCACAGCAAUAGGAAUCUCUCUCUGUCUCUGUCUCUCUCUCUCUCUCUCUCUGUGUCUCCUCUCUGCCGCUGCUGCCUUGAUUUAACCAAUUUCAGUUUCGGCUGAAUGUGCACUGCAGGAGAGGCGGCCGUGUGCCCUCCUCCUCCUCCCCCCAACACCCCCCUCCCCCCCCCAGGGGGGCAGGAGGCAAAGCGUGGAGGCAGCAAGGAUCCGUCGGACCAGACCAGGAGGGUGUUCAGCACUUCUUUCCUUACAAAAGCACCUUAAUGAACAAACCUUUUUCUGCCAUGCACUUUAUCAGAACUUUUUUUUUUACAGUGACUUGUUACAGAUUCAAAAAGAAAAAAAGAGGAAAAAAAAAAAAGAGGAAAAAACAUUUUUUUGAGAUUCUGGAAGAAUUUUUUUUUAAAAAAAAAAGUUUAAAAAAACUACAAAAAGUUUAUCUUUAAAAGAAAACACUUAUUUUUCACAAGGGGAUAAGUUUAAAAAUGUGAAUGGCAAUUUCACAGAAGCUUGAUAUAAAAAGAUUUAUAAGACAAAAAAAAACUUGAAGAAAUGCACUUAGAAAAAGGAACUGUGUUUUUUAUUAUUAUUAUUAUUAUGACUUGGAUAAAUACUAUGUGUAAAUAGUGUUCAGACUCUCGCUCCGCACAGUAUAUUUUCUCUUACGAAGAGGCCAUUUUAUAAGACUUUUUUUUUGUUGGUUUUUUUAAAAAAUUGCACAAAAAAUGCCUGCCCUCCCCCCCCCCCCGUUUCCUUGUGUGUGUGUGUGUGUGUGUGUUUUGGGGGGGUUGGGUUUUUUUUGCCCUCUGGACAUACAAUUAUAUUUGUUUUGUUUUUGAUAUAUAAAAAAAGGAAAAAAACGGAAAAAAACGGAAAAGGAAAAAAACAAACUUGCAAGAAGAUGAAUUUACACUAACGACGACGAAGCGGGCUUGUGCUGGUCCCGGACGCUGCUUUGCUGUACCACAAGCGUGAUCCCAGGCGCCUUCCUUCCAGCGAUGGGCUCUUCUGGCUUCUUCCAGGAAUCUCGCAAGGCUCCGCCCUUCCUUUCGGUCGUCCCCCGCCCCGUUCCUUUCGGGGGGAGGCCCCCGGUUAUUUUUCUCGUUUCCCCCCCCCCCAACCCCACCCCGUGGAUACCUUAAAACAUUUUUGUCCUACGGCUCCUUGACGGAUGUAUUUUCUUCAGCGACGAUUCUGCGUGUGUGCGUGUGUGCGUUGCACUUUUUUUAUAUGAGAAGAAACACUCGGAAUAUUGUGAGUCUUCUCUCUUUUGUUUCUCCCCUGUUUGUUUUGUAUACCUGUAUACAGAUGAGUAUCAAAUCAUAUUGGGCAGGGCGAGGGGGGGGGAACCUGCGUGUAACAGGCGGCAACCUAGGGACUCUCAGUGCACUCGAAACAGAAUUGAAUGUAUCAUACUUGGGUGGCCAUUUUAGCUCUGGAGGGGCCCCCCCCGUGCUCUCCCCCCUCUCCCAACGCUGCAGCAAGCACCAGCGGACGGACGGACGGACACGAGUUCUUGUCGGCAGGGUGCAUCUGUUCUCUCAGCCAGGGAGCUGUUCGUUCGCGCCUUCGGCCUCCUCUGGAGCGCUGGUGGUGUGGUGUUUGGGUUUUUUUUGGUAACCUCCCGAUUGAGGGGAAACAUUUCUGUAUGUUCUUUUUGUGUAUAUGUAGCUGUGUAUAUAGGGUAUCUUUACAGAUGACAACCUUUUUAUAUAUAAUUUUGCUUGAAAGGGGUUGUUUUGCUCACAAGGAACGUGUUUUUUUUCUGUUUACAAUCCAUCCCGAGUUUUACAGGGGGCUGGUUGCACACAGGGUACUCUGACGCCCAGCGUCCUUGAGCCGGAGGGGUGUGCGUGCCCAUGCGUUCGCCAUUGGUAAUCUCUCUCUCAUAUUUUAGAAAUAUAUAUAUAUAUAUGUGUGUGCGUGUGUAUGAGAGAACCAUGCAUAUAGUCACACCCUUCUGAAAUGUGUGAAGUGUGCACAGAACAGAGAUGGCCCUGAACUGACAGGGACAUCAUCCCUUGGUUCUGUGCCCACUUAUCCCUCCACCCCCGUCCCCGUCUCCUGCAGCCCCCAUUCCUCCCUCAAAUAGGGUGCAAGAUGGCAGGGACCGCCUGUGUCAUACCUCCCUCAGCAUCUGAGACGUACACAAAUCCUGCUCUUUCAGAGACGUUUUGUCAUGAACAUCACAUGAGAACGUUGUCGGUCUGCAUAAAGAACUUUAGCAGCACUGGAUUCCCCCAUGUUUUGGGGGGUGGGUGGGUUGCGCACGUGGGACACCCUAAAUCAACGUCCCAUUUCAGUGCAAAAACGGCAGCCAGAAGAAACGUAAAACAAUUUCAUGUUCAUGACCAAAAUGGUGAAGACCUGUUUGAGGUUGUUGUUUUUAUAUAUAUAUCUCUGUAUCAUCUUCCGUAAAGCUACUUAAGACCACAAAUUCCUGCUGAAAGGUUCUUGGGGCCGUGUAUGUGUGUUAUAUAUAUAAUUUUGAUAGUCCUUGUAAUUAAUACUGUGAUGUUUUAACGGUUAUUGUGUUACAAAGUAGGAAGAGACCUUGAGAAAAGGGAUGGGGGGAAGGAAUACGUGUGUCGUCGUCCCCCGCCCCCCGGCUACACCGCCUCGCCGAGACGGAAAGGCCGCCAUGUUUGUGAGGACGUGAAUUCAUCUCAGGCGUCUCCUGUUCUCUGCCGCUCCUUUUGCUAUUGGUCAGUAUUGAUCCAAGGAGGAGACCCCCGGGAAGCCCCCCGCCCCCCCCCCCCACCCCGGUGGAGGCGCCCGCAAGUGAAAGGUCCCCCCCUUGCCUUGGUGCUGCAAUCGGAGGACUCGGUGGGCGUCUCCAGGGACAGAGUUUGGGCGACUUGUGGCAUUCCUUCCCCUGGCUC